AUGAAUGUCGUAUAUUUGGAAACUGUUUUAAAACUUCAAACACCUCUUAUUUGCUACCCUUAUACAGCUUCAAAAAUCCAGUGCAACGAGACAAUUCAGUUGUCUCAUUCGCACCCACACGCUGUUGUCUCCAGUCCCGGCUUCCCCCGCCCAUAUCCUGAUGACGUGGAAUGUGUGAGCGAGAUAAGGGCACCGCCUGCGCACACGCUGAAACUACAUUUUGAAGAAUUGUUGACGGAACAUGAACCUCAGUGA